AUGUAUAAUCGAGGCCCGCCUUACGACCCUCGCUACGGCGGUUAUCCAUCUGGUCAGUCACCAUACGGCCAUCCAUCAUCUGGUCCUCAUCCCCAUGCUGGAUCACCUGGCUUCAAUCAAUACUCACCUCAUGGAUUUCAAGGCCCAGCCUCUCAGCCAGGCGUCCCAUUCUACCAACCCCAGCCAGGCAAGCAAUACGACAACUCUCCAAACUACCCUCCGCGGGAGCAGUUCCCUCGACCUCCCCAACGUGGUGGACCUGCGAUGAGAGGUGGACGAGCACAUUUUGCUAACCUAUCAUGGACACCAGGUGACGGAGUAAAAGGCGGCCAUCUGGUAGAGCCUGGCCUCAAGACCAAAGAUGGCGCGACUGUUCAACCGAAGUCAGUUGCAUCUGUGCCUGACCCAGAGGACGAAGACAAUCCCUUUCGACCGCCGGCCGACCUGCGAGCUGAAGACGAGAAUGCACGAAAGAAGCGCAAGACCGAAACGCCAGUUUCGACGGUGGCUGCUGUGGGCGAUGUGCCUAGGACUGCAGAAGAAAAGGCAGCCCAGGCGGAACGCGAAAAGAACAAGAUCAGCUUUUCGAUUAAGGGUCGUGCGAGCAUGGCAGCAGCUGAGAAGGCUCCUGCCGCACCUCGAACGGAAACCUCGCCACUAGUGGCCAAGAAGACACCAGCGAUAUCUCCUCUUGUGCAGAACAAUGUGCCGAAGAGCUCAAACUACGUGGGCAACACGCGCAUCGAACCGCCUAAGCCUGAGCCUCCCAGAACACGCAAGGAGAUUGUGAGGAAGAAGCGGAUAAAGCCUCGACCGCAGCUUUCCGACGAGUUCAAGCAAUCAGACAGCGUCUACUUCAGAAAGACAGGCAACGAGUCUGUGGUGGGAAGCGGCACUUAUGGCAAGGUGUACAAAGCUGUUCAUGUGUACACUGGUGACAUGGUAGCGCUGAAGAAGAUCCGCAUGGAGGGUGAGCGUGAUGGCUUCCCGGUCACCGCUAUCCGUGAGAUCAAGCUAUUGCAGUCUCUCAAGCACACCAAUGUCGUUCCUCUCCUGGAAGUAAUGGUCGAGCGGAACGACUGCUUUAUGGUCUUCGAGUACCUAUCACACGAUUUGACCGGACUGCUCAACCAUCCCUCGUUCGCCCUCACAGCAGGUCACAAGAAACAUCUAGCCAAGCAAUUGUUCGAAGGUCUGGACUAUCUUCAUAGGAGAGGAGUGCUGCACCGCGACAUCAAAGCAGCGAACAUCCUCAUUUCGAAGGACGGUGUCCUCAAGCUUGCAGACUUCGGCCUGGCACGUUUCUAUCAAAAACGACAAAAGCAAGACUACACCAACCGAGUCAUCACUAUCUGGUACCGGAGUCCUGAAUUGCUCCUUGGAGAAACACAGUACGGCCCGGCCGUCGACAUUUGGAGUGCAGCUUGUGUUCUAGUCGAAAUCUUCACACGACACGCCAUCUUCCCUGGUGAUGGAGGCGAGAUCAAUCAGCUGGACAAGAUCUACAACGUACUUGGUACGCCGUCACGUAGUGAAUGGCCUGGCAUUACUGAAUUACAGUGGUACGAGCUUCUCCGGCCGAGCCAUCGCAUCCCAUCGACUUUCGCGGAGAAGUACAAAGAGCGUGUCAGCCACGACGCAUUCGAGCUACUGCAAGCGAUGUUCUUAUACGAUCCUGCCAAUCGACCAACUGCAGCAGAUGUUCUCGAGCACCCCUACUUCACCACCGAAGAACCCAAGCCGGCACAAGUGGUGGAGUUGGCAGAUCUUGAGGGAGAUUGGCACGAAUUCGAGAGUAAGGCUCUGAGAAAGGAGAAGGAGCGGCAGGAGCGUGAGGCGAGACGACGAGAGCGAGAAGGCGAGAAGCGGAAGAUGGAGGAAAGAAGCCGAAGAUGA